AUGCCGCAUUAUUCUCGGUUCAUGAGAGACAUUUUGAUCGGAAAAAGGACUUGUGGCACCAAUGAAACCGUGCACCUAACGGAGAAUUGUAGUGCAUUGAUUUCUAGCCCGUUCCCCCCAAAGAUCAAGGAUCUCGGGAGCUUCUCGAUUCCUUGUAGCAUCCAAGAGCUGAAAUUUGACAACGCUCUAUGUGACUUGGGGGCGAGCGUAAGUAUUUUGCCGUACAAAAUUUAUGAGAAACUAAGUCUUGGCGAUCUCACCCCUACCCCUAUGUCUUUGCAAUUAGCCGACCGCUCGGUUAUGUUCCCCUUAGGUAGGGUUGAUGAUGUUCCCCUUGUGAUAGGGAAGUUGACUUUCCUUGUGGACUUCAUUGUCUUGGACAUCGAUGCGGACGCCCAUACCCCUAUCAUCUUAGGGAGGCCAUUCUUGGCUACGGCGGGUGCUCUCAUUGAUGUUCAAGGUGGCCUUAUCACUUUGAAAGCGAGAGAUGCCAAGGCUAAUUUCAAGCUUGCUAUUGAUGAUCAGUGUUGUUCCAAAAUGAGAAGUUGCAUGAAGAUUGACACUAUUGCUUGUGUUGAGCACCAUUACUCUUGUGCUAAUUCUCCUAACAAAUCUUGUGCUUCUAAGUGUAAUGUUAAGAGUGAUAGGAAAUUCAGGAAGAAGAAGGUGCAUGAGAGCUCUUUGGUUUUAGGUGACUCCUUUGACGACGUCAUCAUCAUUUCCGGAACAUUUGGGAUGGAUCUUGAUGAUGUAGGAGCACUGUAG